CAGUUUCAACAGGGAAGAAAGGCCCAGCUGGAGACUAUGGAGUCCUUGCCGAUCCCCUACUACCAGUCUGUUUGCCUGUCUGUGGGUUACAUGGUGAAGAUCAAGGCAAAUUUUCAGCCUCUUGUUGGGAGGAAACCAGAGCUUGUGGUGGAAUUCUGCACAGGUAUUGGGAAAGACAGCGACAUUGCAUUCCAUUUCCGACUCUACAACAGCAUGGUGGUGAUGAACAGUUUCCAGGAUGGGAAAUGGCAGGAGGAAAAGAGAGUGUCUUCUGACAAUUUCGUGUUAGGCGAGUCAUUUGAGCUGCGAUUCUUGGUGCUGGACAAUGGAUACCAGGUGUUUGUGAAUAACAAGUCCAUCCUCAUCUUUGUCCACUGCCUGCCUCUACAGUCUGUGAAAAUGCUGAAGGUGAGCGGAGAUAUUGUGCUGACUUCAGUGGAGACGUUGUAAGGGGCAGAAGAUCUUCCAGUGAAGAUAUACACCCCGUUACACUCUUCUGUAAUGUUCAGGAUCACUGCCACUCCCAGAAGAUGCCGGGAAUUCCCCCUGCCCUCACACUUA